AUGUCCACUGCCGAGGAGAUAGAAUCGAUCAGGAAUGGCGCAGCCGACUAUGUCGAGAAGGAUCCCCGGGAUCUAGUUGCGAAUGGAUUUCGCCCCGUAUGGACCAUGGAGGAUGGCUACCCUGGGCCACUGCCGGAUGACAUCGCGGAAGUUUUCGACCCUGAAGAUCCUCGUGAUAAGGUCCCAAGGCUGGUUGGACCCAUGUCCAGCCUGUUUUGGCUGGCAGGCCUCGAUGACCUUGUUGCAGCCAUUGACAGUCCCGAGUUCACCAUGCAGGACCAAGUUAUCAGGAUUCCUUACAAUGCGCGUAUCCGAACUAUGCUGCCUCUGCUCCACGAUGAAGGAAGAAUUCUCGGGGCGGUUUACCGAAAUUACUUGAUGCCUCCACCAGUUCUGUCGGUGGCCGGUUUUCCAGCCAGGCAUGUUCCGAUUCCUCCGUCAAUCACCUCGACCGUCAAGACAUACGACUUGGAAAAUUUGUUUCCUUUCUGCAAUCCACAACCAUUCCCUCAGCAAGUACAGUCGAUCAAGAUCACUCAGGAAUGGAAAAAGUCACGGAAUGCCGAGAGAUUCAGCGCAAUGUGCUCCCCUCGCUGGGUGGACUUUGGGCCUGGAAUCUAUACUACUCCUUCUCUUGAAUUGGCACUGGAAUACGCAGGCAGAGAAGGCGCCGUGAUGGUAUUCCGAAACCCAGAUUUUCGGUCACUUGAAGUUUGGGAGCCCAAUGCCCAGGAAUGGUCCACAGUGACCAGGUAUUGGACUGGGCGUCCCCUUUCAAAUCCAAGCCAGCAAGCCCCCAGUGGCUGGAAGAGCGCCGAUGUUAUCAAAGGCUCGACGACAAAGGAAGCACCCCGAGGCGGGGACCUCCUUGUUCCCAGUAACGACACGCAGGUCGUCGUGAGAACUUGCCCGGCAACUUCUCUGCUGGCCGCUUCACUUGCACUGAUUAUCUGGUUUGACUGA